GACUUCUCCAGAACUUUGAUUCGUUUAGCCGGAGGAGACUGAGGCCAGCAAAUCAAGCCGCCGCGUUCUCAGGGUUUUGGUGGCAGCAGCGGGUUCGUGCUCGUAUAGUGUUCACGGUUGAACAAUGGCCAUGUAUAUCCGUGUUAAGCGUAGUAAGACAACGUACUUUAUCCAGUGUGAACCAACUGAGACAAUUUUAGAUAUUAAGCAGAAAUUGCAAAAUCUUAUUGAUCAAUCAGUAAAUGAUCAGCGCUUGAUCCUAGUCAGUACUGGCGCAGUACUGGAUGAUUCAAAGACAUUGGCAGAUCAGAAGGUGGAAAAUGAUGGCAUUGUAGCACUGACCUUGAGAAAAGAUGAUGAUGAGUUUGAAGAAGUGAACAUUGUGCGACCAGAUGACUUCUACCAAUCUCGUGAUGGAGAUGCUGGCAGUUGGUGAAGUUAGCUUUUCACUCUGGGAAAGUUUUAACUCGCUGCAAGCAUCAGCACAUCGGGUGUAGAUCUUGGCCAUCCGCACCUAUGACACCAGUCCGUCUGCUUGUAUUGUGGGAGAAUCAUACUAAAUAAUGAACAUUCUAAAGUUUUAUAGAUGGAAGAUUUGGGGAGAGCUUCAAAUUGACUGUAUGAUUAUUAUUUAUGAACAAUGUUUCACAUCAAAAUAAGCAAACCAUUUACAGUAGAAUGAGAAUGAUGCUAUUGUGAAUAUC